UUCACAUAAACUUUAGUCAACCACGCUUUUAAUUCAACAUAACACCCUCUCCUUUUCACUUUUUUUUAAUAAUAAAUUAUAAAUUAUUAUUCUAAAUUCUAUUAUUACCCCCCUCCGACCACCGUCCUCCGCCACUACUUCCAGCUUCGUUUUGAUUUCUUAGUUGCUGAUUUGCUAAGUCAACUCAUGCCUUCUUUUCGUUCUAGCGUUACGAGGUUGGCAGAGUUUCCUCCUCUACUCGCUCCUUCCAGUCUUCUUACUGAUUCUCUAGAAUGAGGAUUGCUAAGGAAGAAUCAUCAAGCAGUGCUGCACAGGCAAUAAGCUUGAUAUCAGCAGUGAAGGAAUUGCAAGGAGUUACAGCUCUGGAUCUUAAUAAAUUAUUGAGGGACUCUGAAAAUUUCACUAUUCAUUACCUUACUGAAAAAGGAUCAUUGCUGAAGAUUGAUAUGGAAAAGCUUGUGGGAUCUCUUCCUUUGCACCUUACUACACUGCUGAUGUCAGCUGUUAGAGAUGAAGCCCUGUUCAGAUACUUAUUAUGUGGCAUUCGAUUAUUGCACUCCUUGUGUGAAUUAGCCUCCCGAAAUUCUAAGUUCGAGCAGAUUGUGCUAGAUGAUGUGAAAAUGAUGGAACAGCUGACUGACUUGGUUUUCUACAUGCAAAUUGUUCUUGGUGGUUACAGACAGGAAUACUGUGCUUUUAGUUAUAUGCACCUUAUGCAUUCAACUCUUGUAGCCUGCAAUUUACAUCUUUUAACAGCGUUUAUUUCAACACAAUGGCAAGAUAUUGUUCAUGUAUUGCUUGCGCACCCCAAGGUUAACAUAUUUAUGGAUGCAGCUUUUGGAUCAGUUCGCAUGGUUGUUAGUUUUCUUGAGAAUACACUGGUAGCAUAUCAUGAAGAUAUUUCUGUGGAAUCAAAUCUUACAGCAGAACAAAUGGUUUAUUAUCUCUGUCAGCAGUGUGAAGCUUCUCUGCAGUUUCUUCAGUCAUUAUGCCAACAAUUUUUUUUUAAGGAGCGCCUGCUUAAGAAUAAGGAAUUAUGUGAAAAGGGAAGCAUUCUUUUUCUUGCUCAAUCCAUCUUGAAGUUACACAUUCAGCCAUCUUUUCCAUCCAGGAUCAUGGCAGCUAUUUCUAGGCUAAAGGCUAAAAUACUAUCUAUUCUGCUGAGUUUGUGUGAAGUGGAAAGCAUUUCUUACCUUGACGAAGUAGCCAGCUCAGCACGAAGUUUAGAUUUGGCUAAAUCUGUUGCAUUAGAGGUUUUUGACUUGUUGAAGCAAGCUUUUGGAAGAGAUCCUGGACAUCUCACUGCUGACAGAAGUUUCCCAAUGGGGUUUGUACAGCUCAAUGCAAUGCGUCUAGCUGACAUCUUCUCCGAUGAUUCAAACUUUCGAUCUUACAUGAUACUUUGUUUUACUAAAGUUCUGACAGCAAUAAUUUCGCUCUCCCAUGGAGAUUUUUUAUCCUGUUGGUGUUCAUCUAAUCUCUUAAAGAUGGAGGAGGAUGCAAGUCUUGAAUAUGAUAUAUUUGCUGCAGUUGGAUGGAUUUUGGAUUAUACUUCACUGGAUGUAAGAAAUGCUACAAAUUUGGAAUUCAACCUAAUCCCUAACAGCAUGCCUAAGGCUUCUUAUGCACAUCAUAGGACAUCAUUAUUUGUCAAGUUCUUUGCAAAUCUUCAUUGUUUUGUUCCCAACAUAUGCGAAGAGCAGGAGAGGAACCUUUUUGUUCUCAAGGUCAUGGAGUGCUUGCAAAUGGAUUUAUCUAACUUGCUGCCGGGGUUUUCUUUUGCUUCUGAUGCUCCUAAAGCUGCCAUUGCUAGCAAGAACCUCCACUCAUUGUUAAGUCAUGCAGAAUCUCUGAUUCCUAACUUCUUAAAUGUGGAGGAUGUGCAACUUUUAAGAGUGUUUUUUGGUGAAUUACAAUCACUAUUUACGUCUACUGGAUUUGGGGAAAAUCAAGUCCAAGAUAGCAAAUUUGAGGAGUCAUUAUAUUGGGAUAAGCUUUCUAAAUUCAACAGGAAUGAACAUUAUCAGAAGGCACAGAGUGCAGGGGGAUGCCCGUCAUCUUUAACUGGAAAAGAACAUGCCGAUCUUAAUAAGAAGGGUGGCAACUUCAAGGAAGGAAUGUCUGAGAAUUCUGCAUUUCCAGACAUGGACCAACAUAAUACCAGAGCUGAAGACACAAAUCAAGGCAAGGGCCUAAAUAGGCAAAAUCAGGUAGAUGAUAAAGGCAUAGCUGGUAAAACUGCAUCUGGAGGAGCUAGAGAAAUGGACAAGGAUGCUCAGAAUGUUGAAACAAGUGGUUCAGAUAGUAGUUCUGCAAAAGGAAAGAAUGUUGUUGAUAAUAUGGAUAAUGGAGAGCUUUCAAAAUCGAAUGAGCGUCUUAAAAGAACUGCAGUUGAGGAAAAUCCAGAGGAUGAAAAGAUUGAACUUUCACAAAGGAGAAAACGAAAACGAACAAUAAUGAAUGAUAAGCAGGUGAUGCUGAUUGAGAGGGCACUCAAAGAUGAGCCUGAUAUGCAGCGAAAUGCAGCUUCACUUCAAUCAUGGGCUGAUAAAUUAAGUGGGCAUGGUUCCGAGGUUACAUCUUCACAGCUUAAAAAUUGGUUGAACAAUCGAAAAGCUAGGCUAGCUCGCACAGCUAGGGAUGUUAAAGCAGCAGCAGGUGAUGACAAUCCUGUCCCAGACAAGCAAAGAGGGCCAGUACCUGGGUCCUAUGACUCACCUGGCAGUCCAGGUGAUGUAUCACAUGUUGCGAGAAUAGCUUCAGGUGAUAAUAAAUCCGAGCCUUCUCUGGCUCUGGCUCGGUUUGUUGAUAUUGGUUCUCCAGAAUUUGGUCAUUGCAAUGCAGGUCAAUAUGUUGUGCUCGUUGGUGUACGACAAGACGAAAUUGGCAGAGGAAAAGUGUUUCAGGUGCAUGGUAAGUGGUAUGGGAAGAGCUUGGAUGAAUUAUCCGCCCGUGUUGUGGAUAUUAGUGAGCUCAAAGCUGAUAAAGGCAUGCGGCUACCUUAUCCAUCAGAAGCCACUGGCAACACAUUUGCAGAAGCUGAAACUAAGUUAGGAGUCAUGAGGGUGUUAUGGGGUUCAAACAGAGUUUUUGCAUUGCCACCUGAAUGAAUUUAAUCAUGCUUCAUUAGCGGCAAUCUGUUGUCAAUCUUCCUUGUGGUUCCCUGUAUGCGCAUGUUUUUUUUUUCCCAUAAACAUUAGCUGAAGCGAUAACAGAUGGGUUUGCUAUGAAGAACAAUACUGAAUAGUAAAGUCUCCAGUUUGUUAGCCAAGGAUGGGUAGAAAGUAGAAGAGGACAAUUAUGGAGAAAACAAGGUUGAUUCAGCAAUGAAAGAUAGUUUAGUUUAGGAUAUAAACAAGAGCUGUAGUCAGCAGCAAAAAUGUUGGUAGGGUCUUGUACAAAAUUUGUUUCUCAGAAUUUUCCCUGCAGCAUGGCAAUUGACAAUAUGUGAAACUAUGGUAACGAGUGAUGAGAUCUGAAUUUAACUUAAAGGGAAACUGUGAACGUAAAUUCUGUUUAGAUUAAAAUUUGCGAAUCUUGCUCAUUUCAUGCCAAGUGUAAUAAUUUCAGAAGAAAAGUAUUA